GUCUUUACGUCGUCGUUGGCAGUGAACGGAACGAAGUGUCGUCGUAUAGAUCGCUCGCUGGCUGGCUGGCUGAAAAUAGUGAACCAAAGUAUGAGUUUUCGAAAUAUGUUCGAAUAAAAAGUGUGUAGUGAGUGACUGUCAUCCAGCAAGAUGGUUGAUGACGUGAAAGAUAUUACCGAAACCGCUGAAAGUAAAGCGUCUCAAGAAGCCCUAGACCGAGCACGACUAGCCCGCGAGAGGCGCGAGGCAGAACAGAGGAAACGUCUGGACGAGUUACGCGCACACGCCGCCGCUGCGCAAGCGCAGAGGGAGAAGAGAGACGAAGAUAGACGUCGGAGACAGGCGGAGCAGCGCGCUAAGGAUGAUGAGAGGCGAAUACAGGUAAAUCAUACGGCAGUUGAAGAACGCAAGCGCGCGAUAUGGGAGGCAUCAAUAUCGCGCCGCGAGGCGUUGCUGCAACGGGAACGCGAUCGGACGGAGCGGUUGGAGCGACAGCGGGCCGCUCGCUCCGCUCCCCGGCCGGCGUUCGCUUUCGGCUCGUCCACACCUCGGCUAUUGGAGCCGGUAGACUCGGCUGGUUUCUUCUGGGCCGCGCGCAGUACCAACCCCAUAGAUCAGAUGAACUUUUUUGAAUCACUGGCGGCAUCAACAACAAAUGUGAUGUUUGCGUCUGCGCCGCUCACGAGACGCGCUUCCGCGUUGCAGCUGGAUACCUCAGACACUGAUAAUAAAGACGAACCCGAGCGCACAGCCCCGGUGGUGUGGUCGUCAGUGGCCCGGCGACGCACGGACCUGGUGCCCACAGUGCCGGCCCCGCGCGCGCCAGGUAGGGCCUACUCCAUGACGCGGCUGGACCGCCUGCCCGCCGCGCGCCCGCUGCACUCCGCCUCGCCGUCCAUGCAUCACCUCAACAGGGCCCAGCCGCGGUCGGGCGACACGACGCCGGGCUCGCGGCCGGGCAGCGCGCUAUCGGGCGCCGUGCCGCGCCGCAACGUCGCCGCGCCGCGCAAGCCGAGACCCGCCUCCAUUGCUGGCACCGGCGUUAAUACGCCUAGAGGAGGCGGCGACACGUUAGCGCAGAGUGCGGCGACGACGCCCAGCGUGUCGCGCGACGGCACGUCACUGGCGGGCGGCGACACCGUGCCGCGCCGCGCACACACCACGCCGCGCCGCCCGCGCCCCGCGUCCUUGCAUGCCAGUGCUAAGCCCGCAGUGCCGCCAGUCGCGCCGGGCGAGGGCAAGCCGCCUGUACACAGAAAGCCAAAGCCAUCCAAAGAUCACGAUAAGGCGGGUCGCGGCAAGUCGGUGUCGGCGUCGCCGGGCCGCACGCUGUCGCCGUCGCCCAACGUCUCCAAAGAGCCCAGCGUCGACAAGGACGUUGCUAAGCCGGCGGUGGCGGGCGAGGUGGACGCGGCGGCGGUGACGCACAAGCUGCAGGCGCUGCAGGUGCACCACACGCACACUAGCGAGAAGGAAAACGAAAUCAAAGAAACAUCAACAGUAGUAGAAGUUAAGCAGGAAACGAAAAUCGAGCAUCAAGUUACAGAAGAUACGAAAGCCGAGGCUCCAGCGAGCGACAGGCCCGAACACAAAGACAAGAGGGACGACAAGGACGAGAAGAAGGAACCCUCCGUCGAAAAGACUGAAGAUAAUGAGAUGACUGCGUCGAUGUCCCGGCGCAUCACGACGGAGGAGCAGGCGAAGGCGGCGCUGGCCGAGCGGCGGCGCCGGGCCCGCGAGGAGCUGGAGCGCCAGGCGGAGCUCGAGCGGCAGAGACUACAGCGCGAAGCCGAGGAGGAGGCGGAGCGGCAACGCGCCGAGGAGGAGCGGCAGCGGCGCGAGGAGGACGAGGCGCGGGAGCUGGCGCGGCUGCAGAGACAGAUGGACGAGGAGAAGCUUAGGAAGGCUAUCGAGGCUCAACAACAACUCGAACGCGAGGAAGCAGAACGCAAAGCCCGCGAAGAAGCAGAGAAGCAGGCGCGGCUCAAAGAAGAAGAAGAGAAGAGGAAGGCGGCCGAGGAGGCGGAGAAGUUGCGCCGCGAGGAGGCCGAGCGGGAGGAGAAGGAGAGGCUCGCCAGGAAGCAGAGAGUUGAGGCUAUCAUGGCCAGGACUAGGCUUAGGAAGCAAGCAGAAGAAGACAAGAACAAGCAAGCCGCCGCGCCUGCACCUACAGAAACAUCCGAACCCGCUGCACCCACAGCCACUACAGAACCCGCGCCUGCAGCACCCGCGCCUGCAGCACCCGCGCCUGUAGCACCUGCACCUGCAGAAGUGCAGGCCCCUGCAGCUCCUGCGCCUGUGGAAGCCGCAGCCCCCGCGCCUACUGCAGCGACGUCGGUAGAAGCCCCCGCGGCCGCGGCACCUGUGUCGGAGCCCGCGCCUGUGCCUGAUAAUGGCAAUGUGAAUUCAACAGCUGAUUUGCUCGGAUUAGACUUCUCGCAGCCACAACAGCCAGCGCCCUUGGAAGUCACGAACUCGACAGAGAGUGCACACAGCACCAACAACGGCAACGUCACUGCCGACCUACUGGGGCUGUCCGAACAACGACCCACUGAGGACAAACCCGCAGAGCAGACGACGAACAAACUCCCAAACAACGACAACGCCAUCACCAACACGCCAAGCGAGGCCAACAACGGCAACAUCACCAACAUUGGCCACAUAUCCGCCAACUUCAUACAAACCGAACGUUUGUCCAACGAGAACCAAAAAUUGGCCGAUGUACCGAAACUUCUAGAAGAUGAUUUCACCACGCACAACGGUCACGGCGCCGCCCACAGCCACCCGCUGACACUGCAGAAUGCGAUCUAACUGUAUGUAAGUAAGGUUUGCUAUUGAAUGCAGUCGCGUUUUCAUUGCGUAUAUAUUGGCUGACGGUCGUCAGGUUGUGAUUAUGGCAAGCUAUUAGUCGUAUGACGGGUUUUUUACUGGAUUUGGAAUUUGUUUAGACACCCUUUACUUGCGAGAAUAUUUAAUACCAGAACUCUCAAUAUAAAUGUGGUGGUUCAAACAAUACACGGAUUAGACACAAAUUAUAGAGGGCAGCACUUACGACUGAUCCUUUCACGACACCAAAAUAAGAAAAUAAUUGAAAAAUUGUGUGUCCUGGUGCUUUCCAAUUAAAUUAUGUUCACACAUUAUAAAUUAUAAUUUAUUAUAAAAAUAUCAAAAGUUUCUGUUAUUCAUCGUUGGUGCUAGUUAAUGUUUUUAGAUAGACUUGUAAUAAAGUAACAAAUUGUUCAGCUCGAGAAAAAUCUAGUCUGAAAACCAACUCAGUCUAGGCACUUCCUAAUAGGUCACCAUUCUACCUUAGGAUUUAAAUUGUAUUUUGUAUAAAAACCCUUUUCUUUUCAUAGACAUUAUAUAAAACAAAUCGGUUUUUGUAUGAAAUAUAAUUAUUAGUCAUCGUAGUCAAAAUGUUAUUUAUUUAAAAACGUGAAUAACAAGAUUACAGAAUACUUCAAAAUUUUCAAAAUCUUCUAUCUUCAAUCUUUACUUCUAUGUCACAAAUGUGGUGAGCAGACUUGUAGGUAGGAUAACAAUCUAUUGUAAAAUGGGGCGAUCUUACAAAGCCAAUAUGUAUGCGUGAAAACAGGGUAUGUGUCUGUCACUCUAAUCCAGUGUAAAAACUCUAUAAAAUUUAUAAAACAAUAUGUAAUCAAAAAAUAUCGAAAUCACGCUUCCCUGUUCUAUUUUUAGGCAAAAUGUUGCUUAGGAACAACUUCAAGUUUAGAAGAAAUGCGCUAAAGUAAGAAACAUAACACGAUGGUUCAAUCCAUAUAUCUUAUGCAAAAAUCCGUCACAUUUUUAUGUAGUGACCAUAUCUUAGCCCAAUGCGGGGAUAGUUUAGGUAACGCAAUAAUAAUUUAAAAUAAAAAAUACAGGCGUAUAGUAUACUUAAACAAGAAAUUAUUUAAAAUCAUGUAGCUUAUUAAAUUCGCAAAGAUCUUAUGUUGUUCCUAAGCAAUUGUUAAUAAUACUAUUCACAAUUACAGAUAUAAAAUAACAAUAUUAUCAAUUUAUUUUGAGAGUGACGGAACAACGGGAAGGCACUAAAUUAUUAUAAAAAAAUAAAUAUUAUAAUAAUAUAA